AUGAUAUUCCGAAAGGGUACUAAACAUGCUGAACGAGUUAUGAAUACAUCAAAGUCAUCAGUGUCGAUUAUGUUUGCAUGUUCUGCUGAUGGUGUAUUUCUUCCUCCAUAUACAGUGUAUAAAGCUGAGCGUCUAAUGGACACAUGGAUACUUGGAGGUCCAAUGGGUGCACGAUAUAACCGAACAAAGUCUGGUUGGUUUGAUAGUCACUGUUUUAUAGAUUGGAUGCAAACAUUAGUAAUACCUUACUUCAGACAUGUUGACAAUGACGCACCAAAAAUUCUUAUUGGUGAUAAAUUAGCAUGCCAUUUGUCUAUUGAGGUUAUAGAAAUUUGUGAGUCUAAUAAUAUUAUGAUGGUCUUUUUACCUCCAAACAGUACACAUUUGCUACAACCUCUAGAUCUUGCAGUUUAUGGACCCAUGAAAUCAACAUGGAGAAAAGUGCUUACUGCAUGGAAAAUUGGGGAAGGGAGGUUUCAUACAUCCCUACCAAUAUCCAAAAAAAGCUUGAAGACUGCUUAA